AGAACAACAGAGGCUUGAAUAUCACAACAGACGCUGAGCUUUAUCAGGUGGCAGGACUAUUAGAAACAUCAUCUUGUUAUCUUCAGAGGGCCGUCUGUAGGACACACGCUGUCAAUUUGCAGUAACCCCAUUGUUGUUUUAUGCAAACAGUCUGAAGCUGGAUAGGACACAGAGAGACAUAUGCAAAUCAGGCAGUGCAGGGUGUACUGCAGAGGUGAACGUUUCUUCACUUAGGAAAAUGCCAAUGGGCAGCCGUCAAUUUUCAAAAACUUUUUAUCCCACAGCACUACUUUCCGUUGAGUAAUCUAGGAUACAGAAGACACAGCAGCACAAGCUAUUUACCUGAGAUAUUAAGAUGAGCGCAGACGCGGUGGAGCAGUCGGAGACUCAGGCUGAACAGACAGAGCAAAACGGAAUCGACUUCAGCCGACAAAUAAAAACAGAAGCCCUCAGCGAGUCCCCGCAUUCAGCCUCCGCACUGAAGACAUGCCACCUGGCGCAGAGCUCCCCGGGGCCCGGAGGUCAGCUGAGCGGGGAGCUCACCUCCCUGCACACCAUGCAGCAGCUGGUUCUGAUGCCGCCGUCCCACCUGUCGUCUCCGUCCCCCUUCCUGCUGUCCCAGAGCCCAACCAGCCACCAAGCCCUCCUGCAGCAGAACCUGCUGUCGCUUCCCAGCCAGAGUCAGACCGGUCUCCUCCAGCACCAGCCCGGCCUGGCGCUGACUCCGCAGGCAAUGAGCCGCUCGGGUCUGACAGGACCGCCUAUGGAGAACCACAUGGACAUGUCCCACCUACAGAUGCCCAAACACAUGACGGUGCCGUCACAGGAGGAACCCAGUGACCUGGAGGAGCUGGAGCAGUUCGCUAAAGCCUUCAAGCAGCGGCGCAUCAAACUGGGCUUUACUCAGGGGGACGUGGGCCUCGCAAUGGGGAAACUGUACGGGAACGACUUCAGCCAGACGACCAUCUCUCGCUUCGAGGCUCUGAACCUCAGCUUCAAAAACAUGUGCAAGCUCAAACCUCUGCUGGAGAAAUGGCUCAGUGAUGCAGAGAACUCUCCGUCUGACUCGAUGAGCAACCCGACCUCACUGCCACCGCUGAUGGAGGGCUACGGGCGCAAAAGGAAAAAGAGGACGAGCAUCGAGACAAACAUCAAGCUGACUCUGGAGAAGCGCUUCCUCGAUAACCCAAAGCCCAACUCUGAGGAGAUCACCCUGAUCUCAGAGCAGCUCUCUAUGGAAAAAGAGGUGGUUCGAGUUUGGUUCUGUAACCGGCGUCAGAAGGAGAAGAGGAUCUACUGCCCGGUGGCAAGUUUACCUGUCAAAUCACACAGCUACAACUCCAGAGUGGCCUCUGCAUCCAGGUCCUACAGUCCUCUGGCUUCAGGCGGAGUUUCAUCAAAUUCCUCCCCGAACAGCGUGAGCCGUGAAGCUUCUCCCAACGGCCUGUCUUCAGCCUCUGUGUCCUUAGCAUCUCAGGUCAACCCAGCCUCCUACACCACACCGGGGUGGUACCGCACAUGGAAUCCUGCUGCAUACCAUCACUGAGAAACAUGAACUGUGUCACAUGAAGGGUUUUAUAUUUAAUUUUUUAUUUUUAUUAUUUUUUUUAGAAGGAUGUACACUAAAGACAUGACAGAGUAUCACAAUGUUCCUGUUAUGAGCUGGGGUGCAGCUACAGGCGAAAUUCAGACGGACCCAUAAGAGAAAGAAGCCCAGGACUGCAACACACCAGUGCCGUCGCCCCUCAGACUCACGUGCAGACUCGUAGCAGACUCGAGCUGCGGGAUUUGGCUUCAUGUGCUCUUUAUCCUGCUUAGAUCAGCUACAAAGAUGAAGAAUACACUAAUAAAAACACUGGUAGGAAUUCUAAUGUUGAAGCCUCCAUGAUAUUAGGGGGGAUUUAUAUGUCAAGACUCUAAUGUUGUAUUUAAAUGAUGAAGGAUCCGAGUCCAGAUUCACUCCCAUUGUGUGCCCAGCUGUUAUUUAUGCCAUCAUCAUGGUUGGCUGCAAUGUUCUGUUACGCUUUCAUGUUCAUGUUGUACUUGUGUGUAUACUUAGUGAUGUGAUGCUGAUGAUACUGCUAGUCUGUCUAAAGAAAAUACAUUUCAUACUGUUCAUGGCUACACCAGCAGUCAAACAGCCAGCUUUAGUUUCAUUUACCUUUUUGAAUUAUUACAACUUCUUUUAAUGCUACAGUUCUAACACUAGACAAAGUGAGCGUUCAGUUGUCGCUUGUGGUGACAUUCCAACAAAACAGAAAUGUCAUAAGAAAAACACAGGUUGAAAAAAAACAUUGAAAAGAUUUAAAUUUAAAAACCAAAAGAAGGAUAAUUAUAAUUCAUAUAAUAAAAAUGUAGGAUUUUGUUGAAAUUGACCCAGAAACUUGUUUGUACAUAAUAAAAAUAAUAAUAAUGUUCCCAUAAGUUUUGUUUUAUGCCAUUAUUGUUCAUUCCUCAUAUUAAUAUUGUUGUGUCCCAAAAUCUCAGCAAUUAAUCUGGAUUCUAAUGUGGCAUUUACCAAAGGAAAUGACGCAACUAUAAACCAAAGCCUGAAACACUCUUCUUGUUUUGAUCUCUGUGACGAAUCAAAUUGUUUUUUUGACUUAGAGUAAACUGUCUUUAUCUGCGACAUUAUGCUUCGUUAAACAUUUAGAAACGUGUCCAUUAUUUCAUUUGUUUAUUCUUGUGAGCAGGGUCACGCGCUGGGACAUUACAUUUGGAAACCUGUCCUGGGCACGUUUGCACCUUUACGCACAAAAUGAACUGAGUAGAUCUGCAAAAAUUGAAGACUGGAGCUGAGACCAGUUGUGUCACUGUGAAUGGAAACUCAGACUCGGUCUGGUUGGUUGAUGGCUGAACUUUAUCAAUAAGAUUCUUUUCCAGCCAAAUGACUAUAAGCUGCUGAUUCCACCUAAAUCACUAUGUUAGACUAAGCUUAGACCUUUGUUCCUUGGGGGACACGUUGCCCUCUGACGAUCCGACCUGGAGCGUUGCCACGAGCUGUGGUUUGUUCCUAUGCUGGCUGCCCUCCUGUGUGGUAGAAACACUUAUAAAACUGUCUGUCGGACCUCAAGUGUUGUUUGGUUUCUGAGGACUUAUUUUGUUUCUGUUUUUAAGGUUCAUUGUACAUUUAUUUUUAUUUUAGAGAAAUGCUUUGCAGUGGUUCAAAACUGUAAGUAACUUGUCUUUAGCAAAUAAAAAUCACCACUAUCAUGAUGAUGUCACUGAAUGUUUGGUACAGUAGGUACGUUUUAAAGUAAAAACUAAAGUUUGUAUUGGCGUAGCUUAAAACGAUUGAGGGGAUUCACCUCUACCUCCAGAGAUGGUUGUUUACUUGUAUAUAACCUCAUACGCAGAUGAUUUAUUUCCUGGGUUUGGCUCUGCUGCAGAAAACCUCAAAGUUCUGUGUUAUUCAAAAAUGACUGUAUUUUUCCUGUAAAUGUACCAUGAAAAGAGAUGAGAAGCUUAAUUGAUUCUUAGUUUAAAAUUCACACCAAAUUAAACUUGUUCUUUCUGAAAAUGCAUCUGGUUCUCAUAUUAAAUGCAGUUAUAAUUUGCCUUUUUUUUUUGUUCACUGAAAGUAAACACCUUUUGGGUCUUGAAGACAUUUCAUCCUUAGACGACAGACAUGUCCCUCAGCAGAACAGGACCUAGAGCACCCUCCACUGUGCAUAGAUGCCCAUCUAAGAAUCAACGAACCAAUGACGCCACCGGGUUCAUACCUGCUGCUCCAGCCUGAUUAGAUGACACUUGUGAGGUGGAAGGUGAAGCACACAGCACAAAAAACCACCUGCCUUAUUCAGGUUCAAGCACAUAAUCAUGUUUGAUAAUUUAGAUGGGUUACUUGUUCAGCAUUUUAAGCGAGACUUGAAAACUUCUAUUAAAAUAGAUAUUUAGAUAAAUAGAUAUA